AUGCAGACUACAUGGCGGAUUUCGCUCUGUCGCACUGUUCGCCCAUUACGGACGACCACGGGAGCGGCUUUCACUCUGCCCUUAAACACGCGAAUCCAGAGUCCGGUAUCUCAGCUUCGGUAUAAUAGCAGCCACCAGGCGAGUCAUAAAGGAGCAUUACAAGGAUUCCCAUCUUUCGCAUUUGCAUUCGACAUUGACGGGGUCCUACUUCGAGAAUCAGAGCCGAUCCCAGGAGCCAAAGAAGCUCUCAGAGGGCUACAGGAGCGGCGAAUCCCGUUCAUGCUGCUCACCAACGGCGGCGGAAAGCACGAGGGGGAACGAGUCAAGGACCUCAGUCGGAAGCUCGAAAUCGACCUCCCGGUAAACAGCCUCGUCCAGUCACACACUCCAUUCCGCGAGCUGGUGAACGGACCCGAUGGGCUAGGAGACAAGACCGUGCUCGUGACGGGCUCGAAUGCAGCCAUCAAGUGUCGGGAGAUUGCACAUGACUAUGGCUUCACGAAUGUAGUUACCCCGGCGGAUAUCCUCAAGUCGUACCCGACAUUCUGGCCAUUCGAUCCGCUGCUGGAUACCGCGUACAAUGCCACUGCGAAACCUCUACCGGAGAUGCCCCCCAAGAUCGACGCGAUAUUUGUCUACAAUGACCCGCGCGACUGGGCAUUCGACAUCCAGGUCAUCGUCGACCUGCUCCUCUCGGAUGGCGGUGUGCUGGGGACUUACUCUGCACAAAACGGGGACAAGUCGCUUCCAAAUGAUGGCUGGCAGUCGGGCAAGCAGCCACAGCUGUUUUUCUCGAACCCGGAUCUGUUCUGGAGCACGGCGUAUCACCACCCGAGACUCGGUCAGGGGGCGCUCCAGGCUGCGCUGGUGGGUAUAUGGAGAGAGAUUACGGGGGGGAAGGAACUGAAGCGUAGGACUAUGGGGAAGCCGUCCAGACAGGCGUAUGAGUAUGCGGAGCGUGUGCUCAAUGCGCAUUGGGGGAGUAUGCUUGGAACAGGCGGGGGCAAAACAGCGCCGUUACGCAGGGUAUACAUGGUGGGAGAUAACCCAGAAACCGACAUCAAGGGUGCAAAUGACUUCAAGAGCCCUAUCGGGACGGAGUGGACGUCGAUUCUGGUUCGGACUGGGGUGUGGAUGGAGGAGCGAGGAAGCCCGGCGCACCCCCCGAAAGGUAUAGCGGACGACGUGGGCUCUGCAGUCGAAUGGGCUCUACGACAGGAAGGUUACAGUUAG